GCCGCAUGGCGGACGGCGAGGGCGCCACGGCGGCGGCCGUGGGCGAGGGCCGCGCCGUGCGGGCGGGUGACUUCAUUCAGGUCACAUGCUACGACGACGCCGACGCCGUGCAGGGCGAGGCCGUGUUUCGGAUCGCCAGCCUGUAUGAGGCGAGCGAGCACGGCCAGUUCGCACGCGCUGAGUUCCUGUUCUGCACUGAUCAGUAUUUGCAGUGGUACGAGGAGAAUGCAGGAUCCCCUGGAGCCAGGAAGUUAAAGCGUGUUCUCCAUUUUUGUCCAGAGGAUGAGACGGCCAUCCUAUGCGCUGCGGAGGCGGGCCCUGGCGUGGAGGUAACGCACGUCGACGAGUUCGUGGUCCUUGAGUCGGUAGAGGACGCGUACCUCCAGUUCCGGCGACGCAAUCCUGCUGCGCGCUGGCCUGCCGAGCUGGGGCCCGAGCCGCUGGAGGAGGAGCUGGGGGAUCCCGUGGACGAGGAGCUGGUGCCCGCCGAGCUGGACGAGUUCGGGCUCGCCGCCAAGGUCGUCGACUCCGCGGGUGAGCUCGAGGCCGCUCGCGAGGCGGAGGGGCCUGGCGCCGCCGCAGGCCCUCCUGGGCGUGCCGCCUUCAAGGCGCGCGGUCGGCCGCCCGCUCGGGCUCGGCCACCUGCCGCGGCCGCGUCGGAGCCCGCGGGGCUGCCUGGCGGGAGCGUUCGCCCCCGCGGCACCGCCGGCGGGGAGACCCCGCUCGAGGCCGCCGCCGCCGCCGCUGUGAAGGAGCCUGCAGGGCGCCGCCCUGACGAGGAGAUGCAGGCGCUCCUCCGCAAGAGGCUGGGCGACUUGAAGGGUCGUCUGGGCGCCGAGGGCGACGCUGCCGCCGAGCCUCGAGGUGCCGCUACUGAGGGGGCCCCGCUCAAGAGGAAGUCCCUGGAUGAGAUCCUGGCUGAGAGGGCGGCGAAGGCUCCCAGGCGUGGGCCCGCGGACGGGGGCGCAGCUGGCAGCGGGGGCCUGGCGGGCGCUGGGCCCGAGCGUGAGGGCGGCGGGUCUACCGCUCACCUCCUUCGCUCGCUGCUGGGCGCGCUCACCCCUGCCGAGGGCAUCGAGGGCUUCGGCAUCACUGACGGCUUGGAGUUCACGCCUGGGAAGUCGUUGGCUGCCUCACGAGCGUUCUUCAGGAGGACUGCUCGCGACACUCCUGGGAAGCUGCUGACGGCCCAUUUGUCGCACCUCAAUCAGUUUCUCAGCACAAAGGGCAUGCACGACGCCGAGGAGGAGCCCCCUCCGAUAGUUAACAAGUUCCUGCUGAACAUCUUCUUGGCCUCGCACCCUGUCUCAGCAAUCGGCGAGGACAUGUUCAGGCAGAUGCGCACUCUGUCCGAGUCCCUGGACCUCUUGAUCCAAGGGAAGCUCCCGGAGGCCAUGGACAUGCUCAUGCAGAGGUUCAAAGCCUGCCAGCUCGCCUGCAAGGAUAAGCAUUGGGGGAGCGCGCGCUGGCUGGAGCUCAUCCCUCCCGAUGCCGACAUGGCUGCCAUCAAUAUCGAGGAGGAGGAGCUUCUGAGGAAGAUCGAGUACGGCGAAUUGAAGCUCGCCGAGCUCGCGGGGCCCUCCAGGACUUUCAAGGAAUUGAAGCUGCAGAACCCCAAGAAGGACGGCGAGACGCAGGGCAAGUACCGGCAGCGCCUGGCGCUGCUCAUGCGGGGCGACGGCCCCAAGAGGCAGGCGCCGCCAGUGCAGGGCGGUGCUCGCAAGGUCAUCCUGGAGGGCGAGGGCUCGCAGAACCAGGCCGCCAAGCAGAAGACUGCCGCUCCAUGGGCGGCACCUCGGCGGUGA